AUGUCAAGACCUGCAGGCCGCACCGACUGGGCGGAAGAAGACGACGAGGAGUCCCUCACCUCCCUCCCACCCAACCAAGUCAUCAAGAACAAGGACGGAACAGAGACAGUCAUCUCCUACCGCAUCGGCGAAGACGGCAAGAAAUACAAGACCACCAGGCGCAUCAAGAAGACGGUCGUCAAGCAGAUUGUAAACCCCCGUGUGGCUGAGCGAAAGCAAUGGGCAAAGUUCGGACAAGAGAAGGGCAAGCCCGCGGGCCCGCAAACAGACACCGUCUCCGUCGCUGAGAACAUCGCCUUCCGACCGGUAUCGAACUGGAAAGCCAGCAACGAGGACAAGGGCGACGAGGCGAAGAAGAAGGCCGAACUCAAGAAUGCAAAGAUCAAGUGUCGUAUUUGCCAGGGCGACCAUUUCACCACAAAAUGUCCUUUCAAGGACACCAUGGCUCCCGAGGGCGACGUCGCGCCCGCAGAUAUGCCCGAUGACGCGCCCGGCGUCGGAGCAGGAGGAAGCCUGGGUACUGGCUCUGGAGGCUACGUUCCCCCGCAUCUGCGUGGACGUGCUGGUGCUGGUGAGAAGAUGGGCGGCAAGUUCGACCGGGACGAUAGCGCAACCCUCCGUGUCACCAACGUGUCUGAAUUCGCCGAGGAGCAGGAUCUACGCGACAUGUUCUCCAGAUACGGACACGUCACGAGAGUGUUCUUGGCCAAGGACAGGGAAACUGGCCGUGCGAAGGGCUUUGCCUUUGUCAGUUACGCAGACAGAUCGGAUGCUGCUAAGGCGUGUGAGAAGAUGGAUGGAUUCGGUUUCGGUCAUCUCAUCUUGCGUGUUGAGUUUGCUAAGAAGGCUUAA